AUGAGCAGCCAUCUGUGGAAAUACUACCUCCAGGAUGAUGUCGACCGAUUCCGGCAUCUACUCGAGACGGCCUCGUACAAUGUCCGCCCAAACCAACACAGGGCCCAAUCCAUGCAGGCUUCCGCCGCCGUGAGCUCCAGUCCCGGCACUUUGAGCACCUCGCCGACUCUCAACACAAAGCCACGCAAGCCUUCGAAUUUCUCGCCACAUGUAGGAAAUAUGCCGCCACUCACCAAGGCUGACAUCAACUGGCGCGACUCGAAUGGCAUGACAUUGCUUCAUCACGCCGCCUCUUCGACCACUGAGAAUGCCUUCGAAUUCGCCCAGGCUCUCGUCGAGCACCCUCUGAUCGACUUGUACCUACAGGACGCUGAAAAUUCAUGGACUGCCUUACAUCGCGCCUUCUACUUCGGUAACAUCACCAUUGCUCGUGCAAUUCUCGAACGCGACUCGUCGGAUGCUCUGCGUAGGGGAAUCGGAGGAGGUCUGGUCAAGAUCAAGGAUCGUGAAGGACUCGGCCCGUUAGAUCUAUACGCUGCAACAAUCAAGGAUCGUACUCUGCGACCAGAGGGACAAAGACGACCCAGAGCUGCCUCUGAUGCUAGCGAGGAAGAAGCCAACAUGGACGACGAGCAAGAGGUCAGGCAAAGGGUUAUCGAGUUUGCGACAAAUAUCUCUGGCGAUGAAGUCUACACUUUUGGAAGCAACAAGAACAUCACUCUGGGCUUUGGAGAUGAGGAUGACCGACAACAUCCGGAGCGCAUCACUCUGAAACGUCCAGACCAUCUGCUGCAACGAUUUUACCGUGAGCACGUCAGAGACUACGAGAAGACAUGGACGACUUUCGAUCCUGUCAUUACGCAGACAGGUCGUUCUGCUCUUCCACGCUCCUUACCCGUUGAGUCCAUGCCUUGGGUUGUUAAGGAUCGGCCAUUGAUCAUUCAAGAUGUCUUCAUGUCCAAGCUCUCCACAGCAGUCUUGACCACCGAUCCGGAGUCAAACUUGUACAUGUGUGGUCACGGACCUGGAGGCCGUUUAGGUAUUGGCGACGAGCAAUCGCGAUUCAGAUUCGUCUGCAUCGACGGCGGCGCACUGUCGCGCAAAAAGAUUGCGACUGUUGCACUCGGUCAGAACCACACUCUGGCUGUCGAUGACCGUGGCGAGGUCUUUUCUUGGGGUAGCAACGGCUAUGGCCAGCUCGGAUACACUUUACCGAAGACUGGAGUCAAGGAUGAAGAUCCUGUGAGUUGCGUACCAGCGCAGAUUUUUGGGCCUCUGAAGCGCGAGAUCGUGAUUGGUGUCGCUGCCUCUCGCAUUCAUUCAGUCGCAUACACCUCCACAUCUCUUUAUACCUUUGGCAAGAAUGAGGGUCAGCUUGGUAUCGUUGAUUCGGAUGCCCGCUCUCUGGAGUAUCAAGUCACUCCCCGAAAGGUUGCUGCUUCUCGCUUUGCUGCCCCGAUCGUCUCAGUCGCUGCCAUAGACCGCGCUACAGUCUGUCUCCUGGAAAACCACGAUGUAUGGGUCUUCGCAAAUUACGGUUAUGCCAAGAUACAGUUCCCUCUGGAUGGCUCGAGCAGUUUCUUGAAAGACAGUUUCCGCGUAACUCGAUAUGAUGACACCAUCAACCAUAUCAGCAAGAUCACUGCUGGUGGUGACACUAUCUGUGCCAUGUCGAGUAGUGGUGAGGUCUACACUCUGUCCGUCAGUCAGCGUCAAGACCAGAGCAACGCAUCCACGACCAACCCCACCAAAAUUAGAGGAGCACUAUCUGCGCCACAAGAGAUUUGGUCGCUGAAGAAAAAUAACAUGGCUGCCCGUGAUGUUGGCGUAGAUGCUGAUGGCUCUAUCAUUCUUACCACCGAGGAAGGAAGUGUCUGGAAACGAUCCAGGAGAACAAAGAUCAAGGACGGAAAGUCUCUGGACACCAUUCAAUACAAACCCAAGGACUACAAGUUUUCACGUAUCGCUGGUCUGUCUCGCGUUACAGCGGUCAGGUCUUCAGCAUACGGCGCCUACGCGGCUGUUCGCAGAGACUGCGAUGUCACCAAGACUCAGACGCUGGUUGAAGAGCAGAACAUCUGGAGCAAUUUGUUCCCUCUUCUCUGCUUCCACGACCUGAGCGUUCAAGAAGACGUACCCGAUAGUGAGAGCGAGGAGCCGCAGCCUCGUUUCUGGCAAGGUCGGAAAAAGCCUGACGAGUUACAACUUCUUCGCAAGCACCUGCUCGUGUCAAAGGACAUUGAAAAAGACCUUGAAGAACAUCUACGCCUAUGCGCGAAUGAGAACUUCAGCGAGUUUGACGCCAUCAUUACCUCCAAUGUGUCCGAGAUGCGCUUCCCUGCUCAUCAAUUCGUUCUCGCGGGCCGAAGUAGGGUACUCAGAGCCGGCUUACAGACUCUCAGGGAUGGUGGUGACUUCAGCGUUCCUGACUGUCUCAUCUCUGAGCGCGAUUCUUCUGGUCGACCUAUCCUCAUCUUCCAAGGAUUUGAUACUUUGACCUUAGUCGACUUCCUUCUCUACUGCUACACAGAUUCAAUUGUCGACUUCUGGCACCAUACUCGAGGCUCCCCAAAGGCUUUCAGAUAUCGCCAAGUCCGCACUGAGUUGAUGAAGGUCGCUUCCAAGCUUGAACUGCUCAAAUUGGAGCCUGCAGUCAGACAGAUGAUUGAGCCUGAGCGCUGCUUGCACAUGGACUUGGAGAUUGCCACAAGAGACCAGAACUACUUUGCCACUGGUGACAUCCGAGUUCAGUUGAGCGACGGUGAAGUUCUGGUUCAUGGGGCGAUGGUCUGCCAAAGAUGUCCGUUCUUCGAAGGCAUGUUCAUGGGGCGUGCCGGUGGUCGCUGGCUUGAUGAACGGCGUGGUCUCUUGCAAAAUGCUUCUGAUGCUGUCGACGUGGAUCUUCAACACAUUGAAUCCAACAUCUUCCGCAUGGUUCUUCGCCAUAUUUACGCGGAUACUGGUGAAGAGCUCUUUGACGACAUUGUCAGUGCCGACCUUGAUGAGUUCCUUGAUGUUGUCAUGGAGGUCAUGGCCGUUGCUAACGAGCUCAUGCUCGAUCGUCUAUCGCAAGUCUGUCAAAGAGUCGUUGGUCAGCAUGUCACGACUCGCAACGUCUGUGGUCUACUCAACGCCAUCGCUCCCAGCUCUGUCACGGAGUUCAAGGAUGCAAGUCUCGAGUACUUGUGUCUGAGUUUGGAAGCUAUGCUACAAGGGGGCCUGCUGGAUGAGCUUGACGAAGAUUUACUCCUGGAGCUGGAUGACAUUGUUCGAGCCAAUCAGCUUGCUCUCAUGCCAUUUGCGAAGAGCGGGCGUGCGGAAGCGUUGCUUCAUGAACGUCAUCCGGAACUCGCUGGCCUAAUCGACAGAGACCGUCGCAUCAAGCUUGACUCGAUAAUGUUGCACUCUAAAUAUCAAGACCUCGAUGGAUGGGGUCCAAAUUCCUUCAGAGGUGGUAGCUUGGAUGAUGGUGCAUAUGCAAAGCAGAAGGCGCGAAGAAAGUCCAAGGACGCCCAGUCAUCUGCACUUGAGUCUACUCCCCGAGUCAUAGCAGCUGUAUCCGCUUUGGGCACAAGCAUCGAGGAGAGCUCACAACCGGGUUCGAACGGCACACGAUCGAGGGAUCCCGAGUCAGAGUUUGAAAGGGCACUGCGCAGAGAUACUGCUGUUGGUACUCCUACUGACUCCUGGCUUGACUCUCGAGGAAACUCAAUCACACCUCAUGCUGGAACACCAAAGCAAGGUGGUCUCAUCCCAGGCAUGACGCCCGCCACUCCUAUUAGCUCUUCAAGCGUUCCAUGGGCAGCAACCCCCUCACCAGGCGCCAAGCUGGAGAUGAGGGAUAUUAUGGCUCAGGCAUCCUCGAGUCGUGUGUCCAACCUCUCAUUAGGCAUUGCAGCCAGUAGAGAAAAGGCGUCUGAGGAUGCUUCGGCGGCAAGAUCUGCUGCGAAAAUAUCGCAGAAAGAACGCAAGAGGAUGCAGCAAGCGCAGCAGACCGUAGCUGUUGAGAUAGAAGAGAAGAUCGCUGCCAAGGUGGCGUCACCAUGGCAGGUUGUCUCUGGACAGAAGAUACCUUCUCUCAAGGACGUCAUUGGUGACAAGCCGCCAUCACCAGGUCCAUCGAACAGACCUCAGCCUACAACUCGCACGAGCAACACUCCUCAAUUGACAAUGCGUCAGACGAUUGCUAACCCAAAGCCCUCGUCCAAACCUGCGGCCGCCUUUGCUGCAUCGCCAAAGAGUCUAGGUCCUGGUUCGCCGAUCAUAUCUGCGUCAACACUCGCACCUCCACCUCCACCAGACCUCUCAUCCCAAUCAUUCCCCUCCAUUCAAUCCAUUGUCCACAGCCCUCGGGCCGCAGAACCUGCUCUCCAACUUUCUUUACAGGAGAUCCUGGAGCAGCAGCAAUAUGAGAAAGACAUCAUCAAAGAAGCUGCUGCCGCAAGGAGUUUGCAGGAGAUUCAGGCUGAGCAGGAGUUCCAGGAGUGGUGGGACAAUGAAGCUAAGAGGAUGAGGGAGGACGAAGAGUUUGCGAGGUUGAUUGCUGAGGGAAAGACACCCGAACAAGCUGGUGCAGGUGGAAAGAAGAAAGGAGGUAGGAGGGGUGGAAAGUCAGGUCAAGGUCAAGACAAGAAGAAAGAAGGCGGAGCUGCGCAAGCUGGACAGGCUGUACCGCAAGGACAGCCUCAGGGACAUUCUCAAGGCCAACCGCCCAAAGCUCGAGGACCUAGAGGUAGAGGCAGAGGCGGUGCUGCUGUUGCGUCUACGCCCACACCUGCCGCUGGAGGAAGUAGAGCUUGA